AUGUCAGCUGGAAACGCCGAAGAACCCCUAAAUUCUCGCCAUGCAUGCGCAGCUUGCAAGCAUCAAAGGAAAAAGUGCGAAAAGGAUUGUGUUUUUGCUUCCCACUUCCCGGCAACUAGGGCAAAUUAUUUCCGAGAAGUUCACAAGAUUUUUGGAGUAAAAAACGCGACAAGUAUCUUGGAAAAUCUUAGUCCCCAUGACAGGAAAAGGGCUGUCGAAUCCCUUGAAUGGGAAGCGUUUGCUUGGAAGGAAGAUCCAAUUCAAGGGCCUUUAGGGCUUUUCAGGAAGCUGGAGAGAGAGCUUGAGUUGUUGAAAAAUCAGCAGAAUCCACAGCAGAAUAUUGUUGUGCCUUACCAGAGGUCUGGUUUGAUUGGAUUCAACAACAAUUCUGCUGGAAUUGUAGCUGAUACCAACAUCAAUGCUACAAAUUUUGGUUAUGCUAAUAACCCAAAUUUAGGAUUAGAUGUAAUCAUGAAUAAUUACGCUGGAUUAUUGCAAAGAGCUGACAAUAUCGAAAACCCAGGACUAGAUAAUUAUUUUCCAGGUAUUCCUAAUUACCACGCAAUUCCGCAAGGGCAAGGGAGAUCAGUAAUACUGCAAGAAGAAGGUCUUGAUGCUGUUGCUCAUGAAACAACUGCUCUUUUACCAAAGCAAGACCUGCAGAGAAAUCAAAUCCUGGGUAAUUCUGCCAUGAGGCCGCCAGCUUCUUUUAAUCAAGGACAUCAUCAGAGAGGAAGCAAAUUAGGAAGACUCCAUGCAUAUAUUGAUGGCUCUGUUAGUGGUUCUCAAGGGAGAGUUGAAGAGCUGCGGUGA